GUCGAAAGAAGCCAUACUCUUUGAUCCAUCGCUUCCUGGAAGAGAGUGUAUUGAAGAAAAAAUAGUUUUAAAAUGACAGAUCAACAGCUUGAUUGUGCUUUAGAUUUGAUGAGGCGUCUGCCUCCCCAAAAAAUAGAGAAAAACUUAACAGAUCUUAUUGACUUGGUUCCAAGUCUAUGUGAAGACCUGCUUUCAUCUGUGGACCAGCCACUUAAGAUCGCCAGAGACAAAGUUGUAGGCAAAGACUACCUCUUGUGUGACUAUAACCGAGAUGGUGAUUCCUACAGGUCUCCCUGGAGUAAUUCAUAUGAUCCUCCACUUGAGGACGGGACCAUGCCAUCUGACAAACUACGGAAACUAGAAGUUGAUGCCAAUAGCGCUUUUGACCAAUAUAGAGAAAUGUAUUUUGAGGGUGGUGUGUCAUCUGUCUACCUAUGGGACCUUGAUCACGGAUUUGCUGGUGCUAUACUCAUUAAAAAGGCUGGUGAUGGGUCCAGAAAUAUAAAAGGCUGCUGGGAUUCGCUACAUGUUAUAGAGGUCCAGGAGAGGUCCAGUGGCAGGAGUGCUCAAUACAAACUUACAUCUACAGCAAUGUUGUGGCUGCAGACCUCCAAGGAGAGUUCAGGGGUGAUGAACCUUGGCGGUAGUCUCACACGUCAGAUAGAACAAGACUGUACUGUCAGUGAAAACACACCUCACAUAUACAACAUUGGCAGAAUGGUAGAGGAAAUGGAAAAUAAGAUUAGAAACACAUUAAAUGAGAUUUACUUUGGGAAAACCCGGGACAUUGUGAAUGGACUACGAUCAGUAGACCAGAUCGCUGACAAGAAGCAGGAAGAUUUGAGGAAGGAGCUUCAAGGAUUUCUUCAGAACCGGAUCCAGUCACAGUGACCUUGAGGUCAGAGUUCAAAGGCUGACUAUUAAACACAACACAGUUGUGCUGGUGACAAUUUCUUUCAAGUGUGCGGUCUAAGUGGGAAGUAUUGGAUCAGCAACACAGCUUUCCUGUCCGAUCUGAGCCAGGAUCAAUGAUAUACAGUUACUAACAUUCUAUAGACUCCAGAGAGAAUUAAACAAUCAAGUGGUCGCUUCCUUGGGGAUUUAUUUGAUUGAUGAAUAUGUAUAAGGAAGGACUUCACAGUAUUUUAGGUUUUUAGAAUGUAACUUUUUGUUUACAUUUUUCUGCUACAAAACAUGACUGAGUUAUGAUUUUUGUAAAAAUUGUAUAUAACAUCGAAAGUGAAAUAUUUGAGAAGCAAUAUACCAGUAAUAUAACAGUCCUUGAUAUUUUUUUAGUCCCAGGUUUACUGAUGAGCUAAGUGCCAUUCCAGUAUACUGAUAAUUUGUGUGAUGAUCAGUUCAGAUAUCAGAUUUUAAGUAUCAGACCAACAUGUAGCUCAAUAACAUCGAAUGGCUUCUAGUUCUCCCUUUGUAUGAUUAAGUCUUACAAUAAAAAUGUUUUUUUUUUCUUUUCUUUUUUUAAAUUCUCCCUGAAAUUUUAAGGGUCAAAUUCAAUAUCAACUAGACAUUUUGGUAAGUCUACCAAUAUUGAAUCCUAUUAUGUAUACUGAAAAAAAAACACCUUGAAACUCACUGCCAUAAAUAUCAACUGUAGUGAUGAUUAUAAAUAAGUAAUUUAGUGAUUGUUUCCAUAGUUACAGGUAUAUAAGUGAACAUGGCAACUGACACUGGUAAAGCUUUGUAACCAUGGUAAUGUCUUCAAAAAUUAUUUACCAUGGUAACUGCAUUUAGAUGUUAUAAUUGUUACCAUGGUAACUGUAAUGAUAAUAUACAUUGUUACCAUGGUAACUGUAAUGAAAAUAUACAUUGUUACCAUGGUAACAUAACAAAUAUGUAAACAUGUAUAAUAGCUACUUAAUAUCUGUAACUGUAGAUAGAUGUAACACAUUAAAGUACAAACUAAAUACUAUAUCUAUGAUUUUGGACAAAAUCGGUCUGAUUUCACUUUUUCUUGGGAGUAUUUAUUUUCUAUGAUAUAUUAAUUUAACACUGUAAUUUGGACACCAAUAAUACUAUUUUCCUCACUAAACAGGAAUCUACAUGUUAUUGUUUUGUGAGCAUGAGAGAAUGUAAACAAAUAUUGAGAAACCUCUAUAAUUACUAUACUGCUUUCCUGUCUCAAACCAAAAACACAAUUCACUAAGACAGAUUAGUAAUGAAAUAUCUCAUUUCAAUUUAUUAUUCAUUUAAAAAUAAUUUUGUUUUGAAGAAUUGAGAUGCUGAAGAGUAAAAGAAAUGUAUUAGGGAAUAUUUCUAAUAUUCUACUGAUUUUUAUGGUUCCAGAUGAAAGAAACUAUCUCAGCAUCAAACUGUCAUUUCUCAGGUAACAUGGAAAAUGAGAAAAUGAUCAAGACUAUCAGAACCAUUCCCUGGAAAUAAAUUGUAGUGUUAUCAUACUGUCAUCAAAAAUUUAGGCCAUUUACAUCAAUGUUAUGAUGAUUUUUGUUCGUUUUCAUCAUUUUUUUGGCAAGAAGUUUGGUAUGUUGAACUGUCCAUUGAAACAUGGAUGAUUCCAGUAGCUCUCCAUGUUACAUAUAUACACAGAACUAAGGAGGGUGUUGAUUUGUAUAUGUAUAUAUUACAACUAUUAUAAUGAAGGGCGGCGUAAUGUUGUCCUCUAGCUUUGAAUAAUCUUAAUCAUUUUGAAGCUUGGUAACUCUAUGCCAAGUCUAUUGCCUUUAAGGGCAUAUGUGAUCAUGAUUGCACAGAUGAUCAAGGUCACAUUUUAUUAUUAAAAUAUUGCUGAUGUAAUAUA